UUUUGUUUAAAGAAGGAUAAAGAUUUGCGGUGAUCUUCAAGAUGAUAAUAACUCUGAUAUCUACAAGAAUAUAUAUUCCACAGCCCCGAAAGUAAUUUUACAAUCGGACGUAGUUAUGCAAUACAGUUCCAGCUCUGAAAAAGAAAACUGGUUUUGAAAGCAACUAGUCCAGUGUUAAUCUGAGCCUCGAUCUCUCGGAUAUCCAGAAUCUGCAAAAUGAAUUCCAUUAAAGUAGGCGCCAUAUCGAUUUCGUUGAUCAUGAAUUGCAUUGUCUUUCCCAAAAACUCGAAAGAAGCUGCGAAGGAUUAAUCAAAUCCUUCAUCAAUUAUCCUCUUCUACUUUAUCGCGUUGAUUUUUAGAGCUCGGUCACAAAAAAUGACUAUUUUAUGAAUAAAAAAAAAAUCAUCGCCGUUCCUAUAGAUCCAAUUUCGUACAGUCUCUAGAUUUGUAUAUAUAAAAUAUAGAUCAUAACGCGGCAAAAGGACGAGAAAUCUUCGUAUUUUUAUAACUCCUGAUACGCAUGCGUAAAGCGGGAAUCGCGCGCCAAAACCGAAGCAGCUGUCCACCCGAACGUUCCAAGUUUCUGCGUUAUUGGUGGUUAUUGGUAAACAACGGCCGUUUUCGAUAGUCCCGCCUGACAUCAUCCGCGUUUAAAUCAGUUUAAAUAUAUACGCCUUAUGUGAAGUUUUUUGUGAAUGGAGGAUUCACGAUGUCUCAACACGGAGCUGCUUUGCAAACGUAUAAUCAGGAGCUUGUCAAAUGUUUAGAAGAGAUGAAGGUAAGACGAUUCGAACUUCAAGCUCAAAUAGAAUCCCAGGAGGAAGAGAAGAACAAUUUGCAACGCGAAAUUGAGAAGAUGUCGUGUAAACUUACGCAAUUGAACGAUAGCUUAGCAAAAAGAAUCACGGUCAGAAACGAAUACGAUAGAACUAUUGCCGACACUGAGGCAGCAUAUGUAAAGAUUCUAGAGAGUUCCCAAUUAUUGCUUAACAUGAUCAAAAAAGAAGCUGUGAGUCUGGAUCAAACUUUAGGUAAAACCAAUAUUGAUAAGCAGUACCGAUAAUAAGAUAUAAAAUAAAACUCGAUAAAAAAUUUAUG